AUGUCAUUUCAUCAGCAGUAUACACUGACACCAAUUCCUGAUAAGCAACAACUUGUUAAUCAAUAUGUUGGUAAGUCAAUUAAUGAUUUACCAACACCCGCACUUAUAAUCAACAAACUGAAAUAUGUAUCAAAUUGUCAACGUAUGGCAGAUAAUGCAACUUCAUUAGGUGCCAAGUUUCGUGCUCAUGUUAAAACACAUAAAACAUUGGAAGGAACUAAAAUACAAGUCAAUGGUUAUACAGAUCGUAUUGUUGUAUCUACUAUGAUGGAAGCUUGGAACAUUGGAGAAUAUAAUCGUAUUAAAGAUGUUCAUUUCAGUUUACCAGUGGUUAAGUCAAGUAUUCCUCAAUAUGCAGAGUUUGCUAACCAUGUAGAAAGGUUUUCCAUUAUGGUAGAUAAUGUGGAUCAAAUAGAUGCAUUGGUUUCAUUUAGAAAGAAGAACCAGGGUAUUAAAAGGUGGUCAGUAUUCGUCAAAGUCGACCAAGGGUAUCAUAGAGCAGGAUUAGAAGUCCAUCACCAAGCAAUGGAUCAAUUAUUAAAGAAAUUGUUACAAGAUGAAGAAACCAAACUGCAGGUUGAAUUAUUUGGUUUCUAUUGUCAUGCAGGAAACUCAUACUCGGUAGGUGACGAGUUAUCUGCUAAAAAUUUACUAGUUGAAGAAAUCCAAAAUGUCAAUAAUGCUGCGAAAAUUGCUAAAAAAUUGGAUCCAGAGAUUUCAUUAGUUCUUUCAGUAGGUGCUACCCCAACAGCUCAUGCAUCCGAGAUGUUAACUACAGAUGAGUUGACUCGUGUAUUGGGUGGAGAAUCACUUGUAGGAGAAUUAGAGUUACAUGCUGGUAAUUAUCCAUGUUGUGACUUACAACAAAUGGCAACAGGUUGUGUUGAUGAGAAAAAUGUAUCAUUAUCAGUAUUGGCUGAAAUUGUAUCCACUUAUCCAGAUAGGGGAGAUGAAAAGCCUGGUGAACAACUUAUCAAUGCUGGUGUUCUUUCAUUAGCAAGAGAAUCAAGUAAGAUACCAGGUUUUGGAAAAGUUGUGAAACCAAAUGGAUAUGGCGAUUGGAUUGUUGGGAAACUUAGUCAAGAACAUGGAAUAUUGAAACCAAGUGGAGAAGAUCCAAAUAAAUCAUGUAGAUUCUUCCCAUAUGGAACAAAAAUAAGAAUUAUUCCACAACAUGCAUGUAUUUCUGCUGCUUGUUUCCCAUAUUAUUUUGUUGUUGGGGAAGAUGAUGAAACAAUUGAGGAUGUUUGGGUUCCAUUUAAACACUGGUGA